GCCCGCCCGGAUAUGAAGAUCACCGGUCCACUCCCGUUAGUUACCUGGUAGUGAUUCCGUAACACAUUCUUUGUUCAAGGUGACAUUGUCAAACGUUCAACAGGCAGACUUUUGUUUGCUUCUUCGGCACUGAUCUCGUGUUACUAGUAGUCUGAGUUACUAACUUCCUGGACAUCUUGACAAGCUUCUCUGGAAGACUGCAAACGAUACCCGAGCAACUCAUUCUCACGUUGUCGUCCAUUGCACAAGCACACGAAAUGGCCCCCAAGAAUCGUAUCAUAAUUGACACCGAUCCUGGCGUCGACGAUGUCCUGGCAAUGCUACUGGCCUUUGCAGCCAAAGCCGAAGAUCUGGAGGUCGUACUUGUUUCCUUGACCUUCGGCAACGUCGAUGUUCGAAGCUGUCUACGCAACGUGGUCGCCAUCUUCCACAUCCUGGAGAAAGAACUGAAAUGGCGAGAAGAACAGGGUCAAACACUCGGCUUCGAGGGUAUAACCAAGUACAAGCCCCUCGUGGCGAUUGGCGCCGACGAGCCCCUACAAGACACGAUCGAGAGCGCCGACUACUUCCACGGUAUCGACGGUCUGGCCGGAACGCACACUACUCACCCUCACUUCUCGCCCGAAGAGAACUGGAGACACCUAUUCGAAGAGCCGCCGCCCGAAGACGAUCUGACCAAGAAAGCCAAAGCGCAGACCAAUAUCGAGGAUGUGCCCACGCAAUCGUUCACGCCCAGCCUCGUGCCCGCGCACAAGGAGAUUUUGCGGCUCCUACGAGAGAACGAGCCAGACACUAUCACGCUCAUCGCCAUUGGACCCCUGACGAACUUCGCCCUAGCUGCGGCCGAGGACCCAGAGACGUUCCUACGCUGCAAGGAGGUCGUCACCAUGGGCGGUACGGUCGAUGGCAUCGGCAAUGUCACGCCCGUAGCGGAAUUCAAUGUCUACGCCGAUCCAUACGCCGCAGCGCGUGUGUACGCUCUAUCCUCGCCGAUUCCGUCGUCAACGAUGCCGAUCCCAACGGAAGGCGGGCGCUCCGUACAUAUGGCUACGUACCCUCCCCAACUGUCAAAACAGCUCAAAUUGACGCUCAUGUCCCUUGACAUCACGGAACACCAUAUGCUUAGCCGCGGGGACUUUAAUGCUCAUGCAUCGAGCCUGGCCGUCCAGGGCAGUCCGUUGGCGGAGUGGAUGACGGCGUUUAUGACACCUAUGCUCGACAAGAUGGAACGGUUACAUCAUGGGCAUGAGGGCGAAGGUGCGGCACUGGCUCUGCAUGACCCUUUGUGUGUAUGGUACGUUCUUACGCAGGAGGAUAAGCGGUGGAAGCCUAGCGCCGGGAGUCCAGAGGACAUAAGGAUCGAGACGGCGGGGCAGUGGACAAGGGGUAUGACGGUUGGGGAUAAGAGGAGCAGAAAGCGACGGAAUAGUGAUGGUGAGGUACCGCACGACAGAGGAAAUUGGUUGGGCAAUCGCUCGGGAAAUAGGGUCUAUAGGAUGCUGGAGAGUCCGGGGAGGGAUGUGGCUGCUACGUAUCUGCUCGAUGCGGUGUUUGGGCCAAAGUGAGAUGGACCAGACCUUCGUGAGCAGGAAGAACAGAGAAUGGUGAGCGAGUAUGUGGAAAGAGGUACCCGCCAGUUUGACGGGGUGGAGGUCCAUACGGCGUUGCUGGCAAGGCGUACAGCAUCUAGGCCAGACUUCAACAGUCAAAAAGGUCGUAGGGAGUGCUCGACUACGUCGAAAG